AUGUUGAACAUGCCGAGAAGUCACGAGCAAAAAACUAAUAUUAUACAUCGUAUAUUAAACUCAACGCUAAAAUUUAUACAAGAAAACAUAACCGAUCAAUCAAAAUUAUCUGUUGAUACGUUGAACUAUGAAUUACCAGAUAGUUUUUUCAAAGCAGUAGAUCAUGCUCGUACACAAGCUGGAUAUGAUGUUCUACCUCGUGUUCGCAAUCGAUCUGCUCCACCAUCAUCUCGUCAUAACAGUUCCUUGUCACUAUCAUCACUUUCAUCUGAACGAUCACACAACGAUCAUCAGCCAGUAUCAUCGACAAUUUAUCAAUCAUCAUCAGGCAAUAAUUUGGAUGUAAUUUCUCAAAGAAAGAUUCAAUUUCGUCGAACAACUCGUCAACGUCAACCAACAACAACUCAACGAUUGUUUUCAUCUAGACCAGCAGUGCGAAUGAUAAUAAAUCCUCGUUUUAUGAUCGCUAGUCAAUUUCGUAGACCACAAAACGUUAUUUCAAUUCGGCCGCCACCAGUGUUUAUGCAACGACGACCGGUGUUUCGAUUGAGAUUUCGAUGA